AUGCCUCCUUCCGAACAACCCAGCCAAAAUUCGACACCACGGUCGUUCACCAGCCAGACUGUCUCCGCAGAGGAACUCCUCAAGUCGCAAACCGUUGGUCUAGUCCAUCUUUCCGACUUUCGCAAACGUCGCGCAGAGGUUUUGGAGCAGAAGGAACGAGAAGCGCAUGAUAAAUCGCUUGGGAGAGUCACUUCCGGUAAUUCAAGGAGUGCCACUCCAUCGGGGGGCGAUGUAACUGAUGGUGAGGGGCCUUCAAAGAAGAAGAAAAAGAAGCCGCCCACGAAGAGCAAACUGUCUUUUGGUGACGACGAGGAGGAUGACACUGGCGCCGACUCUGCGGCAACACCGCGCGAAUCGACUAUUCCCCGAUCUGCGUCACGAACACCUCUGGAUGAUGGUUCUGCGCCUUCUUCGCGGCGGAUCACACCGAACCCCAACGCACCACCGCCCCCGAAAGCAUUGACAAAAGCGGCAUUGAAAGCUGAGGCUGAAGCGCGGGAUGCUCUCCGCAGAGAAUUCCUGGCUAUGCAGGAGGCAGUCAAAAACACCGAGAUACUUAUCCCGUUUAUCUUCUACGAUGGCACGAACAUACCUGCGGGAACGGUCAAAGUUAGAAAGGGCGACCCGGUCUGGUUGUUUCUGGAUCGUUGUCGCAAGGUUGGUGCCGAGUUAGGCGUCGGUGGUGCCAGCGGCGCGACCAAGGGUCGGAAAGACAACCGGCGCGAAUGGGCCAGAAUCAGUGUUGAUGACCUUCUGCUGGUCAAGGGCGAGAUAAUAAUUCCUCACCAUUACGAGUUCUACUACUUCAUAGCCAACCGGAUCCCGAGCUUCUCAAAUACGGGAGGCCUGUUGUUCGACUAUUCGGAUAAGCCCGCUGCUGCAGCCUCCUCCGACAAUCCUCUGUCGCGACCGGACAAUGAUCAAUUGGAGGGUGCGGAUAAGGAUCCUUCACUAACCAAGGUGGUCGAUAGACGGUGGUAUGAACGAAACAAGCAUAUCUUUCCCUCCAGCUUAUGGCGAGAGUAUGAACCAGGACCUGAGUUUGAGGAGAAGAUGCGCACGACGCGGCGUGAUACCGAAGGCAAUACCUUCUUCUUCUAA